GAGAGAGAGAGAGAGAGAGAGACUUAGGUGCACGCACACAUGCACACAGACUGACAGAUCAGAAGCGCGCGCGCACACCUGAUUGAUAGACAGAGGCACACUCAGACACACAGAGAGAGAGAGAAAGAGAGAGAGAGAGAGAGAGAGCGGCGAAAGAGAGAGAUGUAGUACAGACUUAAGUGCAAUAACGCGUGUCUGCAGGUAAAGAAAAGCAGCUCUUUCUCCCUAUAAAGCGGAGUUUUGAGCGAUUUCUUUCUCUCUCUUUUUUCUGCUUUCGAAAGAAGAGAAGAAAACAGAAGUGUGGACAUUAGAACCUGUUCGCCUCUGCAUGUCUUACCGCACAAGUUGUCGGUGUGUGUGGGCAAAUGGACAAGGUGUUUUCCUGGACACUCGGAUUCUUCUUAUCUCUCACUUUCCUGCGGCUUUUCCCAGCAGGUGAUUCCCAGAAAGUCGAGAUGCCUAAGAAAGAUGUGGAAGCAAUCAAGGGCCAAAUGGUGGUUCUGGAGGCCUGGUACACGCCCACGUCCAUCAUCGAGAAAAAUACAGUCAUCUGGAACUUCAUGGCCAGUGACUCCAAACAAAUCAUUUCCUAUUCCUCAGGAGAGAUCGGGAUCGGAAGUUCGGAAUUCCGGAAACGUGUUGGUUUCGCUGCGUCCAUGCCCUCUACCAACCUCUCCAUCUACAUCAACGACACGCAGGAGUCCGACUCGGGCCGUUACCUCUGCAACGUCAUCAUUCCUGGAGCACCGGGUCUCUCUGGAGAACUGCAACUCAGUGUUAAAGUCCCUCCUUCCACUCCAGUGUGUUCCAUGAGCGGGGAUCCUGUACUGAGAGGAAACGUGACGCUAAGCUGUAAAUCCAGCUACGGCAAACCUCUUCCUCAGUACAAGUGGACCAAGGCUGCUCCUGUCUCUGAGGUCUACUUCUCUCCAAUGCAGAAUGAGAGGCAGGGCACCCUGAGGUUGAGCAACCUGACCAAAAGCAUGUCAGGUAAAUACGUGUGUAAGGCCAGCAACACAGCCGGAAGCGACAGCUGCCACAUCAACUUGGAAGUCUCCACACCUGAAUUCUUGUGUUCCUCUGCAGCCAGCAAUGCCUGGCUGAUAGCAGGAGCCACUAUGGGUUCGGUUGUAGGGUUCGUGGCCCUCGUCCUGUUUCUGGUCUUCAUCUUGAGGAGGGAAUGUGACACAGAAGAGGAAAUGGCCAAUGAAAUCAAGGAGGAUGCGCAAGCUCCUAAGCGUGUUUCCUGGGCAAAGAGCGCUACCGCAUCAGAUAUCAUCUCUAAAAAUGGCACUCUGUCCUCCAUAGCCAACAGUCCUGUUCCUCAGGACCCUGCUCAUAUGCCUAACAACCAUUACCCAUACUCCCCUGUGGGCUGUGACACCGUUGUCACUGCUUCAGGUGGCACACAUUUAUACCCAGGAGACCCCAAUCCUCUCCAUGGGCUACCUGGAUACAACGUCAGCAAGAUGCCUACCCAUGUCCACCACCAACCAAAGAACAGCUGCACGCUCAGGACUGACAGAGCUCAGCCUCAAGCACCGAGCUCCACCCCUGUACUCGUCAGAUCAGUGCCGAUCUGUGGCACUAUGCCCGCGACGGUAGCCGCUCAGAAACAGGUCGGCUCCCUCGUCUAGACCGGUCCGUGCAAAUUCUCCAGCUCUUGGAGCAAAUACACUCAACAACAUCGUUAGCUCAUGAUUUGUAUUUUUUAUAAUCAAAGUUGCGUUUUUCUUUAUGUGAAAUAUUAGUAGUCUGUUUUAUAGAGCAUGGGAGGGUGGUAUUUUUUUUUUGCCUAGAACAGUGGAUUACACUAAUCAGCCAUAACAAUAAAACCACUGACCAAAACAUUGAAUAUCUCUUACAGGGGCACAUGUGAAAGGGUGGAAGUAAAUAGUCAGUGCUAGAAGGUGAUGUGUCUCAAUGGGGUAAGGAUCUGAGAGAUUUCUCUGAAACAGCAGGUCGCAUUGCAUGUUGUAUGUUAUAAUGGUCCAAGGAGGAACAACCAGUGACCCGGAAACAGCAUCAGAGACACCCAAGGGUCAGCAAAUGUGGCACAAAUUUCUGAAAAAUGUUAAUCCUGGCUCCAAACAGGUGCCAUUGUAAGAAGAUAAUCAGGUUUAUUCACGUCAUCUGUCAGCGGCUUUAACGUUAGAUCUGAUCUGUGUAUAUCUUCAUGUUUUAAACUAUGACUACGACUAAAACUCCAUUCGAUUCCACAGUUUUCUGGUUUCUGGUUGAGAUUUUCUUUCUAAUGAGCAGAAAUGAAAUGAAAUGAAAGAAGAUGCUUUAAUGCUGGUAUGUAAAACAGUUAGAGGUGCAGUUUUUGUUAGGGAUUUGACAACGAUAGGUGCGUUCUCUCUUUAAAUGUUACCUCGUGCCUCUUUUUUCGCUCAGGAGUUUCUACAUCUGGCAGAUCUUUCUUCGAACAACAGUUUGUAUUGUAUUUGUUACACGGGUUACUGUUUAUAAGAGAAAGGGAACCCAUUGAUAAAAGUUCGAUCCAGUUCCAGAAAGGAGAAACAACACAGGCUUUGUAGCUGUGCUAAUUUUUUUGUUUUGUUUGUUUUAAGAGACGUGUUGAAAAGAUUCUCGUCAGGUUUGUGACUUCAUGGUUGCUGCUUCGGUUCUUUACUCGUUUUUUUGUGCAGAUGGAAUGAUAUUACCACCAAAAAGAGAUGAAUAUUUAAUCAAAUAAAUCUACCAGAAUUUUUCUUUUCCUUUAUAUAAAUCUUUCAUAAAUGAUUUGUGUUAGGCUCCUCUUACGCCAGAGCUUUUAUUCCGUAAUUCUCCACGUGGUGGAAGCAGAGAGGUGAAACUAUUCAUUCGUUUAUGAAAGUAAAAACACAAUUCUUGCAUAACAUUAUGUUUAUUUCUUGAUCAAACCAUUGCUCUCUCUGUAAAAUAAACUCAACAGCUGUUCAAUUUUAAACCACAUUUUUCUGAAUUAUUGUUUUAUUAUUAUUAUUAUUAUUAUUAUUAUUAUUAUUAUUAUUAUCAUUUGAUAGAAGCCAAUAUGAUUGGUUGGGUUUAUCCAGACUUCAGUGUUGGUGUUAUUUACAUAGGGUUUCACCUGCUUGCCCUGAGCUUUAAGCUCUAACUGUGUUGAGUACUAAUCAGUGCCACCCAGCUAUGAGCUGAACAGCCUGUUAUCUCAGUAAACAACAAGGUACAAUACGUGAGUAACACAAACGGACAUGGCUCACGCUCACACGUUGUUCGUCUGUUGGAUUUUGAUUCACUUUUUUGGUAAGUAAAAACCAUUUAACGUCAUUUCCUUCGAUACUGAAAACUUCAGGAUUUUGUUACACUGCAACCAAGAUCUCAGUGGACAUUGGGAAUAUAAAGUUAUAUAUCCAAGCUGCUCUGUGAUAAUGUCCCUUUGUUAAAAGUGCUUUAAAUUAAACGAAUUUCAUCAUCUUUGAUUUGUUUACGAAAAAGAUUUAAUUGUUCUGAAACUGCAGUGUUGAAACUUUAGUGAUGAAAUAUUAAUAUAUGAAUUUCAUUUCAGAUUUGCUUCAACUAAAGAGCGAUAAGGGGGGGAAGAAAGUAUUUUUAAAAAUAAAAGUCUUCCAUGCAUUAUUCCAAAUCUACACUAUUCUACUCUACUUCAGUAUAUAUGCUCUGCAGUGGUCAGUAUCUAUCGAAAAAGUAUCCCUUUAAGUUCUGUAAGUAUCCCAGGAGGAUAGAUAGAUAGAUAGAUAGAUAGAUAGAUAGAUAGAUAGAUAGAUAGAUAGAUA